AUGAAGUUCCUUUUCUCUGUUGCAGCGCUUUUCGCGGCAGCUCAUGCAGCCUUCGAUCAACCUCUUGGUCCAACCCUCAAUGCCACGGGACCUGCAGACAACUCUACGUAUGACUACGUCGUAGUCGGCUCCGGACCGGGCGGUGCUCCUCUCGCUGCCCGCCUGGCCAUGGCCGGCUUCAGUGUCCUGCUCAUCGACGCCGGCGAGGAUCGAGGCGAAGACCCUGCCGUCCAGGUUCCGGCUCUACACGUUCUGGCUUCUCAACACCAGCCGAUCGCAUGGGAUUUUUUCGUCAACCACUACUCUGAUCCGGAGCAGGCCAAGAGGGACAGCAAGAUGUCUUAUCGAAAGCCGGAUGGAGAGAUCUAUGUUGGCCUCGACCCGCCACAGGGGUCUGAGCAGUUGGGAAUCUUGUAUCCUCGUGUCGGCGCCCUUGGUGGUUGUUCACAGCACAACGCUCUCGUCACUAUCCUGCCUCAGGACAGUGACUGGAACAAUAUUGCAGCCAUCACUGGUGACAGCUCAUGGGAGGCUUCCAAGAUGCGAGAGUACUACAAGAAGCUCGAAAAGUGUCACUACCUCCCCGGCGGCCUCGACAGCUCCACUACUCCGCCGAUUCUCAUCGUUCAAGACCAAAAGGUGCUGUCUCUGGUUCUCGCUGCUGCCACCACGAUGGGCAAGUCACUUCUCGGCAAGGUGAUCAACACCGUCAACGGCCUCCUCGAGAUCUUGGCCGUCGACGUCAACAACGACUCACCCGAUCGUGACAGUGGAGAAAAAAUCUACCAGAUUCCGCUCUCCAUGAAGGAUCCUUCCUUCACUCGCUCAUCCCCUCGUGACUUCAUCUUCGAUGUUGUCACCGCGACCAACGAUGACGGGUCCAAGAAGUACAAGUUGGACGUGGCUCUCAACACGCUCGUGACCAAGAUCAACUUUGACACGACGGGCGAGAAGCCCAAGGCAACUGGCGUCGAGUACCUCGUCGGUAAGAGCCUGUACCGUGCCGAUCCCCGAGCCACCAAGGUGGACGGCGGCGUCCCCGGACGUGUGUUCGCUAGCAAGGAAGUCAUCGUAUCCGCAGGCACCUUCAACACCCCUCAGCUUCUCAAGCUUAGUGGCAUCGGCCCUGUCUCCGAACUUGAAUCCUUUGAUAUUCCUGUAGUCAAAGACCUCCCCGGUGUCGGCGGCAACAUGCAGGACCGGUACGAGGUCGGCAUCGUGGGCAAGGCCCCCACCGACUUUUCCCUCCUCGAGAAGUGCACUUUCCUGGACAUGAACGGCACGCACAACGGCGAGGACCCCUGCUUCUCUCAGUGGCAGUCGGGCAUCGGCGGCCUCAAGGGCGGCUACACGACCAACGGCAUUGCUUUCGGGUACUUCAAGCACUCUUCCGUCGCGGAGAACGGUAACCCGGACCUCUUCCUCGGUGGCGUGCCGGCCUACUUCAACGGUUACUUCCCCAACUACGCCGAGCACGCGCUCGCCGACCUCAGCGUCUGGACCUGGCUUACCCUCAAGGGCCACAGCCGUAACAACGCCGGCGUGGUCAACCUGACGAGCACCAACCCGCGCGACACGCCCAACAUCACCUUCCACAGCCUUUUCGAGGGCAUCGGUGGCGAGGAGGAUCUUCAGGCUGUGUACGAGGGAAUGCAGUACGGCAUUGAGGCGUUUGAGAACCUGAUCCCGCUUGAUGGCUCAUUCGAGCGCAUCUGGCCGCCCAAGGAGAUCUCGUCCGAGGCAGACCUUAAGCAAUUUGCCAAGGAUGAGGCCUGGGGUCAUCAUGCUAGCUGCACUGCGCCUAUUGGUGCCGACGACGACCCGCUUGCUGUCCUGGAUUCUAAUUUCAAGGUUCGUGGGGUUGACGGAUUGCGCGUGGUCGACGCCUCCAUCUUCCCCAAGAUUCCCGGGUUCUAUAUCGUUCUCGGUAUCUACAUGGCAAGUGAGAAGGCCGCUGAUGUGAUCAUCGCUGAGGCACAAGCGGCGUAG